CCGUCACGUGGGGCGCCGAGGAUCGCAGUGCGCGUGGCCGCGGCGGCUGGUGUGGGGUUGAGUCAGUUGUGACACCCGGAGCUGCUGAGCGGACAGGCGGCCCUCGGGACCCCCGCGGCCCGGCAGCAGGCGCGGAGCUUGGGGACUCGUGAGCCUGGCCCCGUCCUAGAGCUCCGCGGAGCCGGCGCCGCCACCCGUCCCUCCGCCUCCGCCAGCGAACCGCCGCCGCGGGCGCGCCCCCGCUCUGCGCUGCGCUGUCUCCUAUGGCGUCCGCCUCCGGGGCCAUGGCGAAGCACGAGCAGAUCCUGGUCCUCGACCCUCCUUCAGACCUCAAAUUCAAAGGCCCCUUCACAGAUGUAGUCACUACAAAUCUUAAAUUGCAAAAUCCAUCGGAUAGAAAAGUGUGUUUCAAAGUGAAGACUACAGCACCUCGCCGGUACUGUGUGCGGCCCAACAGUGGGAUUAUUGACCCGGGGUCAAUUGUGACUGUUUCAGUAAUGCUGCAACCCUUUGAUUAUGAUCCGAAUGAAAAGAGUAAACAUAAGUUCAUGGUACAGACAAUUUUUGCUCCACCAAACAUUUCAGAUAUGGAAGCUGUGUGGAAAGAAGCAAAACCUGAUGAAUUAAUGGAUUCUAAAUUGAGAUGUGUGUUUGAAAUGCCGAAUGAAAAUGAUAAGCUGGGUAAAACUCCACCAGUGAUUGCUUCAACUGUCACUUCAUUGAGCAGCAUCAGCAGUGCAGUCGCAACACCUGCCAGUUAUCACUUGAAGAAUGAUCCCAGGGAACUAAAAGAGGUGAAGCAGAAUGAUAUGGAACCUAGUAAAGCUGUUCCACUAAAUGCAUCCAAACAAGAUGGACCCCUGCCAAAACCACAUAGUGUUUCACUCAAUGAUACGGAAACAAGGAAACUGAUGGAAGAGUGCAAGCGACUUCAGGGAGAAAUGAUGAAGCUCUCAGAAGAAAACCGACACCUGAGAGAUGAAGGCCUAAGGCUCCGAAAGGUAGCACAUUCGGAUAAACCUGGAUCCACCUCAGCCGUGUCCUUCAGAGACAACGUCACCAGUCCUCUUCCUUCUCUUCUGGUUGUCAUCGCAGCCAUUUUCAUUGGAUUCUUUCUAGGGAAAUUCAUCUUGUAGAGUGAAGCAUGCAGAGUGCUGUUUCUUUUUUUUUUUUUCUCUCGACCAGAAAAAGAUUUGUUUACCUACCAUUUCAUUGGUAGUAUGGCCCGCGGUGACCAUGGCCCGCGGAGACCUUUUUUUUUGUGUGUGUGUACAGCGUCAUAUAGGCUUUGCCUUUAAUGAUCUCUUACGGUUAGAAAACACAAUAAAAACAAACUGUUCGGCUACUGGACAAAUUGUAUAUUAUCAGAUCAUCACUAGCAGAUGUCAGUUGCACAUUCAGUCCUUUAUGAAAUUCAUAAAUAAAGAAUUGUUCUUUCUUUGUGGUUUUAAUAAGAGUUCAAGAAUUGUUCAGUCUUGUAAAUGUUAUUUUAAUAAUCCCUUUAAAUUUUAUCUGUUGCUGUUACCUCUUGAAAUAUGAUUUAUUUAGAUUGCUAAUCCCACUCAUUCAGGAAAUGCCAAGAGGUUUUCUGUGGGGAAAUGGUGCCUCUUACUGUGUAAAUUUUCUCCUUUACCUUUGCUAAUAUCAUGGCAGAAGUUUUCUUAUCCCUUGUGAGGCAGUUUGUUGACUGAGUUUUUCAUCCUUACAAUCCUGUCCCAUGGUAUUUAACAUAAAAAAAUAAAACUGUUAACAGAUUCUUGCUCGAUA